CAUGAGAACUCAAUCAUGGACUGCAAUGUUUGCAAUUUGCAUGAUAUUGAUGGCAGCGGUAGCAUCAUCUUCCAAAGAAGAUGAUAAAAUAUUGAGCUUACCGGGGCAACCACAAGUCGGUUUCCAGCAAUAUUCGGGAUAUAUUACAAUCGACGAAACGCAACAGAGAGCAUUGUUUUAUUACUUUGUUGAAGCAGAAACUGAUCCUGCUUCAAAGCCUUUGGUUCUUUGGUUAAAUGGAGGGCCCGGGUGUUCUUCAGUGGGAGCAGGAGCAUUCUCUGAGCAUGGACCCUUCCAACCAAGUAGUGAGGACAGUUUGGUCAGAAAUGAAUACAGUUGGAAUAAAGAAGCAAACAUUCUAUAUUUGGAAUCACCAGCAGGAGUUGGCUUCUCUUAUUCUGCCAAUACAUCUUUUUAUGACAAUGUCAAUGACACCAUCACAGCACAAGACAAUGUUGUAUUUCUACAGCAAUGGUUUGCCAAAUUCCCAGAAUAUAUGAAUAGAGAUUUCUUUAUUACCGGAGAAAGCUAUGCAGGUCACUACGUUCCACAACUUGCGAACCUCAUUUUCCAGUCAGGAUUAAAAUUCAACCUCAAGGGCAUUGCUAUAGGAAAUCCUCUGAUGGAGUUCGACACAGACCUCAAUUCGCAGGGCGAUUAUUAUUGGUCUCACGGAUUAAUAUCAGAUUAUACUUUUGAACUCCUGAUUUCAGUUUGUAACAUUUCAGAGUUGAACAGAGAGUACAACAGCGGCACCAUUUCAUCUAGUUGUAAACUUGUAGCUGAACAACUAACCGCAGAAAUUCCUGAUGGAAUUGACGGUUAUGAUGUUACUUCUGAUGUCUGUCCAUUAUACUUGCAAACAUCAAAACUAUUCAAAUCAUAUAAGGACGAAGCUUCGGAGAGUAUCGAUCUUUGCGUAGAAGAAAAGACAUUUAAAUAUCUGAACAAGAAAGAAGUGCAAGAAGCUCUCCAUGCUAAGCUCAUCGGAGUCCCCCAGUGGUUUUUCUGCUCUGAGGUAAUGAAUUAUGAUUAUAACAACUUGGAGAUACCUACAAUAGAUAUUGUAGGCUCGCUAGUCAGUUCAGGCCUCCGGGUUCUUAUUUACAGUGGAGAUCAGGAUUCAGUAAUUCCAUUUAUUGGGUCAAGAGCUUUGGUUAAUGGUUUGGCAAAGAAGCUGAAUUUGAAUACAACUACUUCUUACAGAGGCUGGCUACAAGAUGAUAAGCAGGUUGGUGGAUGGACAGAAGUAUAUGGAGACAUAUUAACAUAUGCUACAAUAAGGGGAGCAUCUCACAUGGCUCCUUGGUCUUCACCUAAGAGAUCACUUGCUUUGUUUAAAGCAUUUGUGGCUGGGACACCACUUAUUUAA